AUGCUGUCCCCACCUCCAUCUGGAUCGCCAAUCCCGGUCACCCCCCACAAUUCUUGCGUGCCUGCUAGCCAGACCCCUGGACAAGACUAUCGAACCCUUGGCCUUGCUCGCUUCAUCACUCAAAGUCGUCAACUGAGUUCAAGCAGGACGCAAGCGACCCCACCGAGUCUCCCUCUCCCCAGCCAAACAGCACCUGUACCCCUCAGCCUGAGCACCUUCCUCGGCCAACCCAUCACCCUCCUCUACCCGCAGGCGCCGCUUCCGUGUCAUCAUCUUCGUCUAUCGAGCCCACCAACUCAACUGGCACCCACGCUGACCAACCAAUCACCUUUGAACAAGCGCACUGAGCACGCGCACCCGACUGCGGACAUCAUAGACGCCACAGGGAGUCUGAGCAUCACGCCAGACCACGCCCUCAGCCUCACCAGUAUCUCUCCUGGUGCUGCUCCCCUCCUCGUGAUGGCCAACGAUAUCUCUUCGCAACCCUUCAGGUAUCACCUUCUGUGUGUCCAACAGAUUCAGCUAUCAACCCCCUCACCCCCAACCUUCCACCACCCGAACCUUCAGACAACCCUCCCUUACCAAUCCCAAUGCACCCAACUAGCAAAAGCAAAGCUGAUCCCUUGCCUCCAGUCAUCCCACCUACAGGUCCUGAUGAAGCCUCGACCAGCUUGCUUGACCCACGCCCAGAACUCACAACUCAUGAUCAAUCAUCAGCCUCUCAUCCCAAAGAGGUAG